AUGCGAAUGAACAGUGACCGGCUUCAGCUGAAACAAGCUCAGGAGGAAAACCAGCGUCUGCAGCUGCGUGUGGACGAAUUAAGCAGUGAGGUCUCGGUGUUACACAAGAAGGUACGUUUUGUGAUUAUACUUAUUGCCUGUGAUGGUUUAUUAAAUUCAAACAUAACACCAGGUCUGCUAGUCAUUACUACGUAUUAUCUCUGCUCUAUACGGGUCCGGGUGAGUCAAACAUUGGAUCUGCCAUUCUCACCCACACACCUGUGCAAAGGCAGGGAGACAGUCAGCUUCUAUAAACAGGGCACCUUGUUCAUGGUACAUUGAAUAUGUAUGUCCUCAUUCAUUUGUAUGUUUUAUGUUUCUUUUUAGUUAUUGUACAGCACUACAGUGUAUGUCAGCACUUUCCAAAUAAUAAUAUUAAAGGAUCACUAUAGGGUCAGCAACACAAACAUGAAUUCCUGACCCUGUAGUGCUAAACCCACCAUUUAGGUGACUUGCCCCGCCUUAGCCCCCCUAUAAAAGUAUAAAACUCACCUUAUUUCCAGCGUCCCUUGUGAUAUUAUUGAAAUGGCCGAUUUUGAGGCAUUCCAAUGCUUUCCCAUAGAGUCUGUGGGUAACAAGUUGGGCAUUUUGUGUUACACUCCAUGUGAUACAAGACGGUUUCCACCCAGUAAAUAAUUACUGUAUAAUAUAUUACAGCCACAGAACAGCAGAGAGAACGUAACAGACAUUCACAUUCUGGUUUCAUAAUGUACUCGGAUAGCUGUCAAUUCAUCACAAUUCAUUGUUUAGUUAAUAUGUCCCUCAAGUUCUAAAUCAGCAUUUGUCAAAUUAUAUAUUAAAUUAGAAUUAAUUUAUCCAGUUCAAGAAGGAACCUCAUUAAAAAUAAAAAAAAUGAAAUGAUCUACAGAAUGGAUUUGUGAGGUAAUUGCUGUAUACUUGCGCACUGCAUAUAAUCCUUGGUAUAUUCCAUAUAUUUUAGACUCAUUUACCAUCUCGUGCUCUCUGUGUGUCGGUUCAUUUUGUCUGAUGCUCCCGGUUAAUGUGCGUAUUGAGACACUGCAGAUUUCCUUCAGGCUCUUUAUGGCGAGUGAUUUGAUCUGCCAUAUGUUCACUGCGGUGGAAUAAGUCAGGAGAGAGACCAUCAAAGAUUAUUCGUGGAGGAAAGUUUCCAUCUUCUCUUAGAACGAGUUUCUUACAUCUUACAAAGUAGCAGUCAGACGGUAUUGUGUUUAGAUGACGGCUGCGUUAAAUAUAAACUUUUAAUAUUUAUUUAUGGUAACAUUAUUGGGGAAAAAGCAAACAUUGUCUCAGUGUGGACGAUCAAACACAUUUUCGUGUUUCACAAUAAAAUAGAAUAGUAAAUGGUGCCGUUUAUUUUGUAUGAUUUACAUUUUCCAGACGACUUGUUGUGUCAUGUGAAACAUAAUGUUGUUGUUUUUUGCUCCCAUAAAAACUUCCCUCUAAUCUGUUCAGUCUUUCUGUAUCACGCCUUGAUAUCUUUUCCAUACAGAGGUAUUCACUACGGUGAGAACUCAAGGUGAAAGCAAAGAUAAUUUUUUCUUAACCCCUUAAGGACCAAACUUCUGGAAUAAAAGGGAAUCAUGACAUGUCAUGUGUCCUUAAGGGGUUAAAGGACCACUAUAGGCACCCAGACCACUUCAGCUCAAUGAAGUGGUCUGGGUGCCAGGUCUAUUUAGGUUUAACCCUGCCUGCUGUAAACAUAGCAGUUUCAGAGGGUAAUCCAGCUUCUAGUGGCUGAAAAUCACAGUGAGAAGACGCCAGCGUCCAUAGGAAAGCAUUGAGAAUGCGCAUUCAGCUGACGUCGAAAGGAGGAAGAGAGUCCCCAGUGCCGAGAGAGCCCGGUGCUGGAGAAAGGUAUGUGAUUUAAUCCCUUCUUCCCCCUAGAGCCCGGCGGGAGGGGGGCUAUAAGGGUGGGGGGGGACCUAUUAACACUAUAGUUCCAGGAAAACGAGUUUGUUUUCCUGGCACUAUAGUGGUCCUUUAAGUUGAAAUAGCCAAAAUGGAAACAUUCUCUAAAUCAGCUGUGUUCUCCAUGCAACUAGUCUGGCCUGAAAUGAAUUCACAUUUAAUUCACCUUAAAUUCCCAUUUAAUAAAUAACCCUGUCAGAUCUCUCAGUAAUAGCUGCCAUCAUCUCCAGGAUCUCUUCCAAGUGCCUCCAAUGAAUAUAUUAUCCCAAACAUGUCCAACAACUGCCAUAUUGGCGAGUGCCCCUAUAUCCAAAACAAAUAAAUAAAGCCUUUCCAGAAUUGCAGAAACAAUAUAACGUUGCAAAUAAAGAUAUCUUCACAUACAUCAGGGCAAAGUAUUUUCUGGAAAUAAAUUCAUAUUAGCAUCGUUCUUUUUCAACAGAUCUCUUUAUUAAACUUUUAGCCUUAAAAACAGAAAAAGGGACAGUUUCCAAAGCAAAACAAUUAGUCAGAUCUUUCAAUCGAACAAGAACUAAUAACUGAAAUUCUAAAUGGUAGAAAGAUUUAAACCGUAUAAUACCAGAAGCAGAAUUCAACAGAUCUUUCAAAAACAAAACCGCUCUAUUUCAUUGUUUAAAUAUUAACAUACUAGAAGCUUAUCAAUAGAUGGUAUCUGACACCAAUAGAUCCCCGAUGUUGGAGAUGUGGUUUUCUUAACGCAAACUAUCUUCAUGUUAAGUAAUCUCAAAAAGCAGAUUGAAAUUGAAUUACCUUUUUCACCCCAGGUUUUUGAACUACACACUAAAGGGCCACAAAUGAAUAAAUCGGACAGAUUUACAAUUACCCACAUAUUAAUUGCUUCUAAAUGAAUCCAUGCAAGAGACUGGAAAUGUACAGAGAUUCCGACUUGGGAAGAAGUCAAAGUUCAGUUUCUAUAUCAAAGUAAAAAACAAUUCUAUCAGCGGAAAAACAAUAGGAUUGUCCAAUAACUAUACAAUAUGGGAUAAAGUAGUAUCUUAGUCUUCGAAUUCUACAAAUUAUCACUAGGGACAACUCUUGGCUUCCAUGUAGUGUAGUUUGUAUUGUAUGUCUUUUUACAUCGUCAUCACGUUAAACGGUCGCUAAUGUUUUUAGCCCCCAAAUACAUAAGCAAAUUGUUAUAUGGAUAACUAUGAAAUGGGGGUCUUUAUUUUUUAAUAGUACCCAACACAAUACUUUUUGUUUUAGUCGUCUGUGUCUUUUUGCAUGGUCUGAAAAGAUUAAAAAUCAAUAAAAAAUUAUAUAUUUAAAAAAACACUGAUCAAUGCGGGGAAUAACAUUGAUUAUAUUGUUACAAUGGCCCCUGUCAAGGGAUGGGAUAUAUUAGGCAGAAAUUGAACAGUAAUUUCUGGCAUUUCAUGUGUGGAAGCAGGAAAAAUGGGCAAGUGAGAAGAUCUGAGUGACUUUGACAAGAAACAAAUAGUGAUGGCUAGACGUCUGGGUGAGAGCAUCUCCCAAACAGCAUGUCUGGGGUGUUCCCUGUAUGCAGGGGUUAGUACCUACCAAAAGUGGUGCAAGGAAGGACAAUGGGUAAACUGGCAUCAUGGUCCUGGGCGCCCAAGGCACAUGGGGAGCGAAUACUGGCCCAUCUGGUCCAAUCACACAGCUCAAAUUGCUGAAACUAUUUUAUGCUGGCCAUGAUAGAAAGGUGUUGGCAAUCUGCGUAGCCGCAGAUCAGUCAGAGUGCCCAUGAUGACCUCUGUCCACAGCCAAAAGCGUCUUCAAUGGGGUCUUGAGUGUCAGAAUUGGACCGUGGAGCAAGACGGUUGCCUAGUCUGAUGAAUCACGUUUUCAUUUAGAUCAGGUGGAUGGUCGGGUUCGUGUGCAUUGUUUACCUGGGGAAAAGAUGGCAGCAGGAUGCACUAUGGGAAGAAGGCAGGCUGGCGGAAGCAGUGUUAUGCUCUGGGCAAUGUUCUGCUGGGAAUCCUUGGGUCCUGGCAUUCAUGUGGAUGCUACUUUGACACAAAUCACCUACCUAGAGAUGCUUGUAGACCACACUCACUCCUGCAUGGUAGUGGUGUUCCCUGAUCGCAGUGGCCUCUUUCAGCAGGAUAAUGCACUCUGCCACACUGCAAAAAAUGCUCAGGAAUGGUUUGAGGAACAUGACAGAGAGUUCAAGGUGUUACCUUGGCCUCCAAAUUUCCAGAACUCAAUUUGAUUGAGCAUCUAUGGACCUCGUAACUUGCAGGAAUUAAAGGAUCUGCUGCUAAUGUCUUGGUGCCAGAUACCUUAGGACAUGGUCAGAGGUCUUGUGGAGUCCAUGCCUUGACGCAUCAGAGAUGUUUUCAUAGCACAAGGGGGACGUACACAAUAUUAGGUAGGUGGUUUUAAUGUUGUGGCUGAUCAGUCCAAGAACUAUCUCUAAUGAAUACAUUCUCCCAAACAUCUCUGACAACUGCUUCUCAUUGCAGCCAUUGUACCACCACCACCACCAUCAGCAGCUCAGUUUCCACAAGUGGAUCCCAUUAUCCUCAGGAUUUUUUUAUUGUUCUUACAGAUACGUGUACUAUUUUAAUUUUUGUGGUUGGAUUUGCCAUUACAUCAUCUCUUCCUACUGCCACUAAUUAUUAUUAUUAUUAUUACUGGCAUUUAUAAAGCGCCAACAAAUCCCGCAGCGCUGUACAAUUGGGAAAAAGACAAACGCAAUAAGAACAGACCGAUACAACAGGUAGAGGGCCCUGCCCGUGAGCUUACAAUCUAAAGUUUGAAAUGGGGGUAAGAGACAAGAGGUAGCAGAGGGAUUUGUAUCUGAUGGCAGAGAGCGUUAAUGGUAUAACUGCAGCAGCUGGUAACGUGAAGGUAAUAGGGAGGUGAUUGAUGGGGUUCCAAACAGCUGGAGGUGCAUGCGAUAUAGUUAGAAGGAACCAGGGUGGGCAGGAGGGUAGAGUCAAGUAAAAUUAAAUGGACUUCAUGUUGCAGGGAUGGAUGGUUUGGGUCUAUGGAAGAGAGAUAAGACAGUUACUUUACUUUUAAGGAAUUUACAGCUGGAAGCGGGAAGCUGGGGGAGGAGGUAUGGAGCAGGCCAGCCAUUUGUUAUAAACAAUUAAAUAUUUGCUAACCAAAAUUCUAUCAGCCAGAUUAUUAAUAACUACAUGUAACAGUAAGUAUAAAAAAUUACAGUAAUAAACUAUAUGUAACAAUGGUAGCAUCAUUAAAGCAAAAUAAUAAUCUAGUAACAACAUUAAAGAAGUCCAGUCGAAUAUCUUCUGCAUCUGUUUGUACCUUUUAAAGCUGCAGUGUUCAAAAUUAAUUGGCCUUCAUGUUGCAGGAAUGGAUAGUUUGGGUCAUUCUUUAAACUAAUCUCUGCCACCAUCCCCUCCAUCGCCUCUAACAGCUGCUCCGGUGCACCCUCCCUGGCAGCGGUGAUCCUGUCUGAUUAAUUAGAACUUUGCACUGUGCUAUAUUUUGAAAUGAAAUACAAUAAUUAAUUUCCAAGGUUUUUAUUUAUCCAAGAAAUAUGUAUUUGGAUUGACUGUGCCUUAAAUGAUUAUGGACAUUCAGUGAAAUGUUACAUAAUAUCCCAAUUACCCAGAACAAUCCUCACUGUGCCAAGUGAAUCCUCCUGACUGAGGCUGGGGAGGGGGGACCAUCUCAGCCGCCGGAUUCCGGACACGGGAGUCUUUGAUCUGAAGGUAAAUGGUAAUUGCCCAAGAGACCAUAUUGUUAUUGAAGCAAAACAAAUGUCUGGAAUGGGAACUGUAUACGUUUUAUUAGCAUUUUCUGGUUGGUAGAAGAAGAAACCAAUAAGAAAUGGGAAGUGAGCGAGAGGGCAAAAAAUGAAAGGAAAGACUCAUUUUAUCAAGUGAACAGAAAGAGAGAUAACAGGUAAACAAAGUAACUGGUGGUAUCUGGGCAUGACUUUGUACUGCGCUGUGGAAUAGGUUGGUGAUUUCUACAUAAUAAUAGAAUAAAACCAUUUCAGGUUCCAUAGUUGCAAUUAUUCUGAGCAGUGCGGGGAGGGCCACAGUUUAGGGCCACUUUUUGUGGAAUCCCACCCUUUCCGCUAUUUGUGCAUUACACCCCACCGCUGUAUACAAUAUACAGAAAUGGAUUCUGAAUCUAAACACAAAUAGUCCAUAUAGUUAAUUGUUUAGCCCAUAUUCAAACCAGUGUGCCCGUCAUCUGAUACCUGGUCCCCCAAAUCUCAGUAUAUUUAUUAUUAUUUAGAUUUAGAUGGUGCAAACAAAUGCCAUAGCACUGUACAAAUAGGAUAUAAAAACAAUCAAAUGACAAACGUAGAUACAAGCAAAUAGCGGAGGUGACCCUGCUCUAACAAGCUGACAAUCUAGUCUGAUUUUACCAGAUUCCGUAGAUUAGCGCGCUGACUGCUGUGUUACCCCUAACCUGUGAAACGCGUCGGGGAGAGGAUUCGCGUAACAGAGCAGCCGUUUAGGGUGAAUAAUAGUGAGUGUUUUACUGGACAGCAGUAACUACAGGCAGAGCAAAUUCCACUUACAAUAAAAUGUUCAAAUUAAAAAACAAAUCCAAAUUCUCAGUGUUUAGCAUCAAAUACUCCUAAUUAUAUUGUAAGGGAGGGGGGACUUUCUAUUUUUUCCAGAGGAUGUUAAAGUGCCCCGGAUUCUGAAAUAGCAGAGGGCAGCAUUCUAAGAGGGCUUUUCUCAUGAAACAAAUAGCGUUUUUCAUUCAACAAGAGUCAAAUCAGGAACGUGUUUUUAUAAACAUAUUGCAGCGGGGGCUAACAAGUGUUUUCAGGCAGACAGAUUGGAGGGGGUGAAAGUAGGUUCCUAAAGUAGAGCAGAGUGCGUGGUGCUGUUUUGAGGCCACUGGAGUUUUUGAGGGCAUUGCACUGAGUUUAAUCUGACGGGAGUAUUUACCGUGAAAGAGAAUGUGACUUUUUGUUAUAUCAAUUUAUUACCUUUUCACUGAUCCUACAGUACCUGGCGUGGCGAUGUGUGGUAUUAAAUAUAUAGUGCAGACAUGCCGACCAAUAAAUUGAAUAAUUCUUUUUUAAUGACCUUUGUGGAUUGCAUUGCAGGAGAUUCAAUGAUUUCCAGGACCCUCUAGCACUGAAUGGUGACAAUUUGGUCUUUAGAUAACGUCUCAAAUCUGGCCACCUCUGUUCUCAUAUCAAAAAAUGUUAAUAAAUUGUGGAUACAAGUUAGAUCCUUUGUCAAACUACAAUUCCCACUGUGCUUUGACAGCCUUUGACCUUUUCAUUGUGUUAGAAAUAUAGAGUACCCUGAAUUACGCAUUGGACCUCUGUCUCUAUUCUAAUAACGGUGACCGCAAAAUAUCGCCUCCAAUAUACCGAUAUUUACUAAUUGUUAUUAAUAAAUGUUGGGCAAUAGCUUCACCAAGAGAUUUAUUCACCAAACACUCGGAGAAAGAUUUGUUCCCUAAAUAGUUGGAAGAUAAAAUCAGAUCUAUCUAACUGACCCGGAGAAUUUUCUCAUCUUGCAUCGGUAUGAAUUGUGGCACAGCUCGUUUAUUUGUGAAUAAUCCAUAAAUCGCUGUGGCUUAAUAAUCUUUGGCUUUCGGUGGGUUCUUCUCUCUGUCUCGGUGUCGUUUCUCUUUAUCCCAGGUGUGAAAUGCCUUUGGCGCCCAGAAAGAAAGUUUCCAGGAGAAAGUGGAGCAAACUGCUAAAACUAGAGCAGUCACCUUGGAAACCAGUGGAAUUUUUCUUGUAUUUGCUCCGUAUGUAGCAUUGUUGCCCUAGAAUUGCUCCUGGGUUUGCUUUACAUUCGGCAGAUUACAGAACUUUAUCUAUAAACUAGGACAGCUCUUAUUUUUAGACCUGGCGGAGGAGGAAAUAGCUGCGACUCGAUAAUGAAACGUUAUGUGUAUAAAUUAAUUUGGGUCAUUUAAAUAUUUAAUGGAAGAUUUGAUGAGCUGUGUCACCUUCAGCGGCGAGGCAACCCUUUAUUAGCUGAAAUAAAGACUCUGCCCUGUGAGUGAGCUCAGUGCUGUGCUGAUGGUGUUCGUGUAGCCCUUUCAAUGCCAGGGAGUGAGUGCCAAUGUAUGCCCCUCAGCCAGCUUUAUUGAUACUCAGCCCCCCAGUCUCACGGCUGGCAUGUGGAACUGUUACCAUCUAGAGGAAGUGAUUAUGGUGCCAGGUUGGAACAGUUAAAGCCCAAAGCUGGCUAUAGCACCGAUUUCAACACCCCCAGGUGGCAUCCGGCUUCUGAAAUCUGACAUAAAAUUGACUUGAAAGGCUCUCAGCCAAGCAACGGUGCCCUUCUCCUGCGGCAUUUCGCGCUUUCUGAAACCGGAAUGUCAGAAGCGGGAUGCUGCCGCUGGCGAGCUGAGAUUCGAGCUGGAGGCCCCCUUUUGGGUUAAACCAUUUGAUAACAGUUUAACACCUAGAGGUCAGAAUGCGACAGACGCCUCUUGGCACCAUAACAACUUCAGUUAGAUGAAGUUGUUAUGGUACCCGGAGUGUCCCCUUAAUGGAUAUUAAAUGAUAUGUGGGUCAGAUUCUAUUGUUAUCUUACCAACUGAUGCUCAACCUAACUUGCUGCCGCUGUGAUUGCACUGUGUGAAUCUGCAGCGGCAGCAAGUUAGUCUGAGCUGGUCAGAUAACAGUAGAGUCUGACGCAACAUGGCGGCUCAGACAGAUAAAAAGUAACUUUUUCUAUAACAAAAUAUCUAUAUAUACACUUUAAAACAAUAUCAUUAAUAAUUAUAAUCAUAUAAAUCUCAUUAAAUGCAAAACAUUUAAAAAAAACUGCUAAUAGCUGUCCGUUAACUCUGUAAUUAAUCUUUUUAUAUUUCAAAAUGUCAUGUUUUAAUGGAAGGAGCAAACAACCCCUGAUGAUUCUCAUAGAUAAAAGCUUGUUAAUUGUCUAUAAUUGCUUCUCACCCUGCCAUAGCAUGGUGUCCUUGCAUGUAUUGGCGUGACCUGUUGGUGUGUGGUUUAAUGUAUUUAUUAUUUAUAACGCUGGUAAAAUCAGUCUCCUCUUGUGGUCAUUUUGCUGGUUAUCAGCAGAGGAGGAAGUAUUCUGUUAUUUUAACCCUUUCAGUGACAAAUUGUUCUCCAAUAAUUUCUAACCUAUCACAAUCCAUCUGCUGUGGAUCACAGUUCAAAUAAUGUUCCUUGUUGCCAUCUGCACAUUGUGUCCAACAUGUUAGGGCAUUAUUAUAACCCGAGUUCUAGAAAUAGUUUGACGUUUGAUGGGUUUGUGUUGUCACACCCGCAGUGAGAGCAUCAUGUUUGUUAAUAAUUAGUUGUUAAUAAUGCAAUGUUUGAUGGAGUAACGGGAUGGGCGGAAGGACUAAUAUCGAAGUUUCCUGGGACAAUCUGUGAAUUCAUUUCUCCGUAUUAAAUGUCCCACAAACGCUAACGUUAUCAGAGUUAAUUUCCUGCUGCAUAUAUUAUAUGUAUAUAAAUCAUUAAAUAAGCUAAUAUUAGGAUAAUGUAAAAAAAGAUACACUUUAUCCACGCAGCACGAUUCAUCACUAGUAAAACGUCAAACUGUAACAGAAAUUGCAGAAUAAAAUGUUUAAGUAAAUUAACUCGUUAAUGGAUCAGGUGCCGUAUUACCCUAAGCAGACCGUCUUCAUCUUCACACACAAUAUAUUCAUUAUACACAAUAAGGUAUAAAACACGCAACAAAGACAACAUCCAAACAGGACUCCUCUCCCAUGGCUGGGUUUUCUAGCUGGGUGGCCAUGUCUGGCCCAUUUGGCCACUUUAAUUCUAUUUGAGCAAUAGAUUUGUCACUCUGACCUUUCCACUGAUAUUGAUUGGUAGUUAAGAUCAGUUAAAUAAAUGAAAGGACCCUUCAGCCGGUGUUUAUUUGUCUUUUAGUGACUGAGUAGAUUUUAACAUGUUUUAUCAAUCAGCAGAUUAGGUGUCACAGGAUCUGCGGCUAUUAGCGCAAACAAUGAACCUAUUUAUCGUAUUGGUAAAUAGAUAUAUAAACUAUUCCCACAGAUAUGUAAAAUCAGCCUUAUUUUACGAUACACGGAGGUGUGUAGUGCAGUUAUGAAGAGAGCAGAUGUCUUUUUGCUAAAAAUCCCAAUAAUUACAUCUAUCCACUCCCCCAGAACCUCGGUGACUGUGAUAACUCGCUUAGUAAAGAGAUUCCUCAGGUUUCUUCAGAGGAACGAUCUCCAGAAAGAUCCACACCUUCCCUUUGUAUUUUACGAAGUUUAAUCUAUUUAUCUUUCCUUUACUUACACCGAAUCUCACCAUCAGUGUCUGUGUUAAGCAAUCCUAUGAAUUAUAUUGAAACACAUCAUAUGAUCCUGCUGCUAGGCCUGUUACUAACAUUGUUCUCUGACGCUCAGGGUUAAAGGCGGCGUUUAUUUAUUGUUUAAUAUCUGUACGAGGUGUGUUCCUUUUAUGAGAAAUGACUGGUGUACCCUAACUGCACAUGUCACAGUUUAGCCCUUUGGUUAUAUGAGGUUUGGACGCCCCUUAGGGUAACGAUACGGCCUGAUGAUUCUGGGAGCUGGCUUAAUACAUUCUGUGUUGUCUAUGACUCCUUAAUACUGUGCAUAGGCCCUGAUUUAGGGUAAAGGGAACUCGCCAAUCUCUCGGCAGUGCAAUGAAACGUUCUCCUUGUCCUUAGGCUGCCUGAGGGGGGUACACAGGGCCCAGCACAAAUAUAUCUACUUUAAAAACAAGAUGGCGUAUUGUCGAAGAACGGAACAUCCGUUGAGUUAUUCCACCUUAAAUUAAUUAUGUCUACAAGCAUUGCAAAUUAAAUUUAGGGAACAGAGCCAGGAAAGGGUUAAACUGUAGCCCUUUACUUAUAAAGUAUAGAAAUGGCAGCUGGAACACAAUCAGUCCUAAAAUGGUCCCAGACCAACAAUGAUUUGUAUCUGCUGUGCUGAUUAACGCUUUGAUUGCGGAGUCCUGUGAAACAUCCUGAGUAAUGAGAGUCUAUAGCUGUCAUUACACAGAAAUCACUGCUCAUUGUCAAAGAGCAAUCAAGUCCCCCUUGCUAUUUAAUGAGGUCAUGGGGGCUUUCCCUCCCUGAAUGUAGGCUGACCAGGAUGUAACUCGGGCCUACACUGACAAUGGAACCUCAGCUGCUUUACAAAAUCAUUUUAACAUUCAUCUUUAUCACAAUAAUAGACAUCGGUUUGCUUCGAAUGAGCAUAUUAAAUCUGUUAUUAUUAAAUUCCAUUUUCCAUACUGUGCUCUGGGUGAAAUCUCUUUUCUUCAAGUCUAUGUAGAUAAUAAUCUGUAAUUUAUACAGUCCUUUUAAUGAACAGGUCACAGGCGGUUAGGCCUACAGUGGACAUUGGUUGUCUGUUGCUUGAUCAUAUACCGAUAGAAUAAUUUAAGUCCACCAGCAAGAACGCAUUUAUGACACUUUUUUAUGCCAGACAUAGAUUCAGCCAGCUUUAAAUAAUAUCACAUAUAUUUCUGGAAUGCAUGUGCUUGGCUUUAGUUGUGUCAGUAGAGUGGGCUGGUAACUGAGUGAUGGCUUGACCGGCCCCGUCACAGUCUGUCUGAAACAAGAAACUUGCACGUGUUAGUCUUCUAAACUAGGUCAUCCAAUGGGAGACAAGCGAGCCAGCCUGCCCCGCAGAGUGUAUUCUUUAGUGUAUAUAACAUAUACAAUAUUACUCAGCAUUCACGGGCCAUUCUGACUGGGUGCUGAGUUUGCACUUUUGUAACUCUUUGUAGUAAUAUUAGGCCUUGAUUUAAACAUUUUUUGAUAAGCUUCUAAAAUGAUUUACUAUUUUGAAAAAAUAUUUGUAUAUUUUGAUAUCUUAAUGACAUAUAGAUAUAUAUAUGAAUGAUAUAUUUUUGAUUGCUUAAUAUUUUUGAAAAAUACAUUUAGAAAUGUAUCCAAAAAUAUUAAAUAAUUUUUAAAGUUUAUCCAAAAAUAUUAAAUGGACACUCUGCUGCCCAAAUACAAAAUACAUAAUAAAUAAAUAAAUCUCCAUUUAGUAGUUAUAUCCCCAAAGAAGACGUGUGUGCAUUUAAUUCCAUAUUUUUAAAUUGGGGGUUAUGUCUAAAAACAGCUUGUAAAAGCUGCAGUUCUCUUGUCUGCAGCCUUUACAAGCCCUCCCCUUCUAACCCUUCCUACACUUUCUGUGGCUGUCCAAUCACAGACUUCCCAGUGCAGCUCAAUGAGAAGUCUUUGCAAGGCAGGUGCUCUGGGCAAUUGUUACCUCUUGACUUUAGCUCUACUGAGCUAAACAAACCAGGAAGUAACAGGAAUGGUUAUCUGAUUGACAGGCAGGGGAGUGUAACAAGGUUCAUUUAUAACUGAUUUCUAUUGAAAUCUGCACUUUUUGUAAAAUUUAAAAAAACGAGGACACACUCUUCACACAUACAGCUCUCCAGCAAGCUAUACUGCUUCACGUGUUUGGUGUGUCCCUUUAAAUGAAAUCCCUAAACCCCAAACUGAUAUUGUCUCUAAUGUGUGAGACAGUACAUUACAUUCACAGGCUCACAGUCUGCAUUAACCCCUGAGUUAUCAGAGGCUGAUUUAAAGGUAAAUAUAACAUUUUAGAGACGUUUAUGAGUUCACGUGACAUUUAUUGGAUCUCAUGGAGUUAUUUGGAUCAUAUUAGUACUGACACGUGAUGGUCACUUCAUGUGAUUUCAUUAGAUGCCUAUGAUGUGUCAUUCUGAUUACAAUCCGGAUGGAUAUUUCACCUCUAAACAGAACGGCAGGGGAGGUUUGGAUCUGGCUGGAGAUAAGGUCCACAUGGUCAUCCUACUUUAUUUAAUUUGUAGCACAGUGGGCAAGGAACGUCCAACCCCCCCUCUGCUGGCCCCGUUCACGGUCUUUGGAACACGGGAGUAAAGAUUUGUAAGAAAUGUUUCCCAGGACGUUACCAAGGGCAUAAAAUGUCCCCAUUACAGGGAGCGGGGGGUUUCUCUGGCAUAUUCUAUCACAGGCAUAUUUUCCAGAUGCGUCAUCUUAUGGAAAAUCUAACUGUUUGACAAGUAACGAAGUGGGGAAGACGAGCGCGGAGGAGAAUUGUCUGUUUGCUGUAUCUGCGAGAUGAACAGGGUUUACAUACAUGUAGCGGGCCUGACAUUAAACAGGUGGCUGCGUGCAGUGUGACACAAGGUGGGAGGGAGAACUGGACCAUCGACCAGGAAACUAUAAGAGAGAGGGAAUUGGAAAGAAUAAUGGCCAAUAAUGAAUUAUAAUUGGAAAAAACAACGUAUAGUAAAAAUGGGUUGGAGUAAACAUUUAAAUAAGCCCUGAUUAACCAGAGCAGAAAUCCCAUCUGUAGGGAGCCUUAAAGGGACACAUCAGGGAAUCGGUGACCAACGUUUUUAAAGUUCAUAAUAUAGAUAAAGUAAUUAAAAGAGACAGUGACAGUUGAAGUUCCUGCAUUGGCUGCCAAACUCCAGGCUUUGAAGCUUCUGCAGUGAGCUCUGACCAGACCAGGAAGUGGCUCAGCCAAUCCGGCUUCUCUCGUAGCUUUACUUGCUGAAUAUAUUUCUAAACCUGUAAACCGGCACGGCUGUCUGGGUGCAGCAGGGUAUCAGGAUUGUACCUGCCUCUCAACAGUGGGAGGUGAACUAAAACUCCCAUCAGACGUGUGUAUUCCCAGCAUGCAUUGAUCUCUCCUCGAUCGGCUGCUUGUAUUGGAGUCAUUGCUCCAUUUUGUAUUCUCAUCAGUAAUCAAGCAGGGCUCUUUGGUUACCUUGUAUAAAAUCAUUGCGGUUAUGGGUAGAUCUAUAGACAAUUGAAAUUUGAAUUGCAAAACAUGGGAAAAAAGAAGUAAUUUUUGGAAAAAUCUUCUAACCUUGCUAUAUUUGCAGCUUGGCUAUUUCUUUUCAAACUAUUUAAUUCCGUUCUUCCCUAUAUCAAAGAACAUUCUGUCCUACCUAUUCACAAUCCCUUACUAUGCUUUUCUGCUCUGUGUCGCCCUCUACUGUUAGAGUGCUAUAGCCGCAGUGUCCCUGGAUUUCUCUAGGUACUGACCAGCACAGGGGUUUCUUAGUUUAUUUAGAACAGGCGCCCAAAAGGUAGAUCCCCAGAUGUUGUAGAACUACAACUCCCAUGAUGCUUUGUAUGCAUUUGGAAUGCAUUUAGAAUGCAUCAUGGUAGCUGUCAUUUUAAAAAAUCUGGGGAUCUACCUUUUGGGCACCCCUAGUUUAGAAUAAGCACUGGGGAAUUUGAUGUGCUCGAUGAUAUCACCUCCACCUCAAGUAAAGUGCCUCCUAUAGGAAAAACAGCCACAUUACAGCAGGUGUAACUGAUUUCUGGAGAUACGACCCUUAGAAUGGAGAUACGACCCUUAGAAUGGAGAUACGACAUUGGAGAUACGACCAUUAGAAUGGAGAUACGACCAUUAGAUUGGAGAUACGAUCAUUAGAAUGGAGAUACGACACUUACAUUGGCGAUACGACCCAGUAGAAUGGAGAUACGACCCUUAGAAUGGAGAUACGACACUUACAUUGGAGAUACGACCCAGUAGAAUGGAGGUACGACCCUUAGAAUGGAGAUACGCCACUUAGAAUGGAGAUACGACCCUUAGAAUGGAGGUACGACCCUUAGAAUGGAGAUACGCCACUUAGAAUGGAGAUACGACCCUUAGAAUGGAGCUCCAGAACUCAGAGUAAGGCCCUGUGUCUGUGCACCCUAAUGAUGGCAAUUUUGUGGGGCAAUCAGCGGCUGGUUUCUGAACUCUCAAUCACUAUAGCGACAAAUCACGAAACAAAAGAAACAGACAAGGUACAAAACAGUUUAAUUUGAUUUGUUUUUCGAAGUUGUGUCCGUGAUGCCAAAAAAUAUAUAUAUGAUUAGUAGAAAUAAGGAAAUUGAUAGUUAGGAGACAGCUUCUAACAGGCUUAUUUACUAACGUGAGAAUUUUACAUUUAAGGCCAGAGCAGCCGAACUGGAAGCAGAACUGAAUAGGAGAAUUGUUCAGAUUCGGCUAUUCUGACCUUACAUUUGAAAUUCACUUUGAAUCCUCUCUUUAGUGAGCAGCUGUUAAUGUUGAUUUUAUUCACCGAUGAGUGAGAAGUUUCCAACAGAGGGAAAGGGCAGCAAUAAAUAAAUCGAGAAUUAUAUAUUAUAUUUAUUUGAUGACAAUAUAUUGAUUUUUACUGCGCCCCCUAUUUUUCUUCUUCUUACCUAAUCUGUGGUAAGCCAAAUGUUAUGAACAUGGACCUAUCCGUGUAAUAUAUAGAUACAUAUAUAAUAUUGAUAUAUUGCAACACACUGAUUGUACUCUGAUUGGUUAAUUACCGCGCUCGUUUGGUUUAGCCGAAUCAUUUUCCCAAAACAAUUCUUUCUGGAUAAAUCUAUUCAGAAUAACCAAAUUUCUUCACCGCGCACAAGUCUAUUGGUAACUUUAUUACAAGUAAUCCCUUGUAUUUCAAUCACGUUGUUUCCAGUAAGGUUGGCAAGUCUCGGCUUUACUGAUUGGCGCCCGUAGCGUCAUUUAUGGCGGCACAUAGAGGGUAACAGGAGAAACAGAUUGAACCCCGAAUGUUCUCCUCAUUCUCCCAAUAUCCGCAUUCAGCGAGUUUGAGAUGAUUUAUUUUAUCCGCUGAAGAUGAAUGUAGGCAGAAGAAGAAUUGGGGCAUGGACUUUGUGUAACCCUCCAAUAAAUGUCUGCUCUUUAGGUUUCAGAAUUCAGGAAAAGUUUAACAUCAGUCAAUGUGUUCUGUGAACCGUACAAUCUGUGAGCAUCCCCCACCCGUGUAAGGUGUACGAAUAGAAAUUAAUUAUAAUUAUAGCGUUGAACUUCCCGCGGCUGGGUAAUAAAGGGAUCUCUGAUGUCUGAGACGGGAGACGAACAAGGUUAAUCUGAUGGCGUGGAGGGGGGGGGGCUUUUCCUGAGGGAGGGGGUACCAUCAUUUCCUUUCUCCAUAUUCAUCAGUCACAGGUAAAGUGAUCUCUGUAACAAUUCUCCAAUUUCUGUUGAAUAAGACCACAUAUCACAACUAGUUUAUUACUAACACAAACAUUGGUUUACUUAUAGCAUUUAUUAACGCUAACAUUAUUUAUUUAGCACCAACAUUAACUGCAGCGCUGUACAACAGGUAAAGCAAGAAAAAUCAUUCAUACAAUACAGAUUCUAUAUAUAGUAAGAUUAUCUGAAGAGGGCCCUUGCCAAACAAGCUUACAAUCUAAAUGGACGAGAUACAAAUUCACAGAGAGAAGCGAGGGAAUCAAAUGAUCUGGGUUUACCUGAAAGGAAGGGGGUGUAUAACUAAACAUGUGUUAUUACUGGUUCUGCCGUCAAUCUGAAGGGGAGACCUGGCUUUGAUCUCAGUACAUUGCGAGGAGUUCUCCAACGUGCGUCACCAUAACACACACAGAGCCACCUGACACAAUAAACAGCCUUGCUCUUUAUCAUUUGGGGAGUACGGAGAUAUUGUGAGCAGACAGCCCAUAAUGUUCCCAAAGUAGCUGAGGUAGAUAAAGAAACUGUCAGUGUAUCAGAGUUGAGGAUUGUAUCUGAAUUCACUAUUUUAUCCUAAAUAAAUAUAACAUUAUUGUCACAUAUUGCCACUGGCUGAUUAGUGGAUAACCCUCAUGCUGUAGUGUCGGAACAAAUUCUUUAACCUCUGUCCUACCUAGGCCUCAUCGCCACAUAUUAGGGCCAACGUGUCCGUCCUGCCCUCUCAAGGCUCUCUAUAAGCUAUUUAAAUGAGUCUCUGGGUAAAUAUUUGGAGAUUCGUAGUUUGUCAAUAAUGAAAUAACAGAUUAAUGGGCUCAGCCGGUGAUCCCACAGGGAGCUUGAUAACCAUCAGGUACUUUUCAUCUGAUCCAAUUACACAGAGAAAUAUCUGAAUAUUCAGAGCCCACUCCAGUCCCCUAUUCAUGUCAUUAUAGCCCCCCUCCUAUUAUUCAUUGAUAGGGAUGGAGGGGAGGUAGGGUCUGACCAGGCAUACAGAGAGCUCAUUAACCACCCAGAAGGGAUGUCUUGCACUGAUUUUUGGCUUUAACCACCUUGUCCACAGCUUGCACCCCUGUUAACGCACUUCAACCCCCACCGCGCAGUCUGCAGUCACUUGGAAACACCAUUUGUCAUCACAUAAUGUUCAUUGAUUGGUUUAGGGCAGACAAAAUAGCCAGGGUUCAUUCUAAUCACAGACCCAACCAUUAUCGCAGAAUCCAAUCAAGGCCAGAACGCGUCAGGUGGCGUUGUGCAGGCCGUGCGUUUUACAAUAAGCACCGUGCGUCUGGCAGAUAUGCAGGGUUAAUCGCUGCAGUGAGAAUUGUUCGUAAUUCAAACUGAAUUUCAAAUUUAAAGUCAAAACAGCUAAACUAGAAGCCUCGCUCACUUGGAGAAUUUGUUCCCCUCUAUUUGUCUUUAAAUUUGAAAUUCACUUUGAAAUCCAGACAAUUCACAUUUUAGCGAAUAACCUGUUUGUUUAUUAACAUAAGGCCGGUGCUUUAUAUGAAAUGUAGGAUAAAUAAAAUCAUACCCUGUGGGGUCGCCCAUUUAUACCCCAUUGCGCACACAGUGUUUCUCAGAGGAAGUUAAUCGGAGGCCGGGGUGCGCUCAUCUCUCACACAGGCCUGAUUGGUUAAUGAGUUAGAUGGCAAAAUGCAAUUUAAUACAUUAUAUCAAUAAUAAGAUCUAAUAUAUGCAGAAACGGUAAAUAAAAUGGCUCAAUUAUGACAGUAACAGUGCAUUUGCUUUAUUCCCAGCUCCUCUCAGAAGAAGCGGAAAACAGGAGCUCCAUUGAGAAGCUGGACGGGGAGCGCGUUCACGGACUUCGGCACAUUAGGGCCCUGGAGGUCAGGCUGGAGGUCAGUGUCUGUCAUUUUCUGAUAAUUAUCCAACAAAGGGCCCAUUAUGGUCUUCACAUGGAGACUGUCAUUUAAUUUCCUCUGACAUAAAAUAAUAUGGAGAAUUGUGUUUGGUAAGAGGCGGCGCUGAGACUAACAAUCCCAGCAUUGAAAUUCCGGGUUUCCUGUUCUUUACAGAAUAAAGGACACGUCCCAGGAUCCAGUGAGCAAAUCUCCAAACUCACAGGAUUUCGUAGCCGAAAACCAAACACAAAGUGUAGAACAAGGCACUUGUAAAUAAUACUCCCGCCAGCUGCCAGAGGUUCUAAUUCAGGCGUUUAUUCACUAAACUGAGGAGGUUUAAAAACUUGGAAACUUGUGGAAAUCUUAACCCAGAUUAGCCAAGCUUCUAAUGACUUAGAAUAGCCAGAGUUACAUGUCCCAGGCUAACUGUGAGUGUAAGAACGUGGAUAUAUUACCCGUAUUAUGUCUGGCAGGAAUACCACCCGAGUAUACAGCGCUUUAUAAUUAAAAUAAAUUAUAUGACUUAAUGAAUAAUAAUUAAAGGACCACUCUAGGCACCCAGACCAUUUCAGCUUAAUGAAGUGGUCUGGGUGCCAGGUCCUUCUAGGGUUAACCCAUUUUUUCAUAAACAUAGCAGUUUCAGAGAAACUGCUAUGUUUAUCAAUGAGUUAAGCCUUCCCCCUAAUCCUCUAGUGGCUGUCUCAUUGACAGCCACUAGAGGCGCUUGCGUGCUUCUCACUGUGAUUUUCACAGUGAGAGCACGCAAGCGUCCAUAGGAAAGCAUUAUGAAUGCUUUCCUAUGCGACCGGCUGAAUGCGUGCGCAGCUCUUGCCGCGCGUGCGCAUUCAGCCGACGGGGAGGAGAGAAGGAGGAUCGAAGGAGGAGAGCUCCCCGCCCAGCGCUGGAAAAAAAGGUAAGCUUUAACCCUUUCCUCGCCAUCCAGCCUGGCGGGAGGGGGACCCUGAGGGUGGGGGCACACCCUCAGGGCACUAUAGUGCCAGGAAAACGAGUAUGUUUUCCUGGCACUAUAGUGGUCCUUUAAAGACAGUCUGCCUCUGAUGCAGCUUGUGCUGUAACUCCUAUCACCCUCAGGUAGGCUGCUUACUGACUGGCAGUCACAUUGGCACAAACCUGCCCAAGUGGCAGCUUCUCCCAGACGCCCUCUGUGGCCAGGUGUGGUAUUACAGGAAAUAAAAAUUGUAUCUAUGGGAGAGUAUUAAUUUACAUUCAUUUAGGACAGAAUUGUCAAGUUGAGAAAAUUCUGUAACGCAGUAAUUUUUCUAAACUUUUUUAGCUGAUGCAACAUUGAUUACUGUGCGUUAACUAAAAGCAAUGUGUUAUUACAAUGUCCCAAAUUCUUUAAUUCCGAGGUCCCAAUCGAGUCCUGAACUCUUCUUAGACAAUGGCAGAUCAAGGCAUUAAUCUACUUUAUAACUCUGCAUAUACACAGCUUGUCAUACAUGGGACAGCAUGUAUUGUGUAUAUAUAUAUAUGUAAGAUGUUUAUAUAUAUUAUGUAUAUAUUAUAUAUUAUGUUUAUGUAUGUAUUGUGUUUAUAUAUAUUAUGUAUAUAUUAUAUAUUAUGUUUAUGUAUGUAUUGUGUUUAUAUAUAUUAUGUAUAUAUUAUAUAUUAUGUUUAUGUAUGUAUUGUGUUUAUAUAUAUAUAUUAUGUAUAUAUUAUAUAUUAUGUUUAUGUAUGUAUUGUGUUUAUAUAUAUUAUGUAUAUAUUAUAUAUUAUGUUUAUGUAUGUAUUGUGUUUAUAUAUAUUAUGUAUAUAUUAUAUAUUAUGUUUAUGUAUGUAUUGUGUUUAUAUAUAUAUAUUAUGUAUAUAUUAUAUAUUAUGUUUAUGUAUGUAUUGUGUUUAUAUAUAUUAUGUAUAUAUUAUAUAUUAUGUUUAUGUAUGUAUUGUGUUUAUAUAUAUUAUGUAGAUAUUAUAUAUUAUGUUUAUGUAUGUAUUGUGUUUAUAUAUAUUAUGUAUAUAUUAUAUAUUAUGUUUAUGUAUGUAUUGUGUUUAUAUAUAUAUAUAUUAUGUAUAUAUUAUAUAUUAUGUUUAUGUAUAUAUUGUGUAUAUAUUAGGUUUAAACAAAUAUAGGUAGUGCUGGCACUCUAUCACGUAAUGGUGCAGGUAUUAGAGGUUCAUCCCCAAUAUAACCUCAUAAUAUAAUACAAAAAAUAUAAAUAUUAGUACCGCACUCGCAUGCAUUAACUAUGAAUUUAUGGAGAGAUCAUUAAUUUGCUACAAUAGAUCUUUUUCUAUUUGCAUGAAUUACACACAACUAGUGUACAAUAAAUGAAUUUUUUUCUUGCAUACUUACAUAUUGAUUUUUCUCAUUUUUUCUUUAUACAUGCAUAGUUAAUGCAUGCGAGUGCAGUAUUAAUAUUUAUAUUUUUUGUAUAUAUUAUGUUUAUAUUCUGUUUAUAUAUAUAUUAUGUAUGUGUUAUGUUUAUAUAUAUAGUAUGUAUUGUGUGUGUAUAUAUAGUAUGUACAUAUUAUGUUUAUAUUAUGUAUGUAUUAUGUUUAUAUAUAUAUAGUAUGUAUUGUGUGUGUAUAUAUAGUAUGUAUGUAUUAUGUUUAUAUAUAUAUAUUAUGUAUGUAUUUAAAUAUAAAUAUGUACGGUGAGUGUUACAAUAUAAAAUAAUUGUUAAACAGGUUAAUGUCCGGUUUACCUGCUCGGCGGACGCACAGUUGGUUAAUCAUAUUUCGGCUGUAACAGCCUUUAAUCACGUUACAGGAUCCUGAUAGAGCAGAAAGUGCAUUGUGUAACAGCUCCAAUGGGAGUCGAAUUUAUUUUAGCAAAAAACUGGGUUUUUCAUGGAGCUGUUGCGAUGGCCUGAAUAAUCAGCAGUUAAGAGCCGUCUGGAACAGAAACUAACUAAUUGUCUACCGCCAUAGCCACACAACCAUAAAAAACAUUAUUCAAACAAAACACAAAUGCUGGGGAUCCCCAGAACCCCCUGAGUGCUCCAAAAAUGUGAGUACCCCUCCCUCAAGCAAUGCACAGGGGGCACGGGAUCUGAAAAAAUACCCCUUCUCCAGAAAGUACACAGAUUGGCAGUGAGUGAUUACUCAUUUUAAGUCGUCUUGUAUUUGUCCAUUGACUUGGAGCAUUAUUUAACGUAAGGUACCAUCUGGUUCUCUAGAGUGUAAGCUCUUUUGAGCAAGGUCCUCAUUAACCUAUUGUUCCUGUAACAUUUUGUUAUUGUCUCAUUUAUUGUUAAAUUCCCCCCCUUUAUAAAACUGCGGAAUAAGCUGCGCUAUAUAAAUACCAAUAAUAAUAAUAAUAAUAAUAAUAUAGUACUGGAAGGCUGAGUUCACUUCUUGCACAUGCUGAGUCAGGGUACGAUAGCCAGACCUACCCUCUUUGGUCAAAAAAAUCACUUACCUGGUUCACAAUUUGAAGGCCUGGUCAGGCUAGCUCCUCAUGUCUUGCAUGGUUGUUGGUUGGAUAAGCUGUGCGUGUGACCAUGGAGUCCUUAAAUAUGGCCGCCCCCACAGAGCAGGGCUAAGUCAGUGGGUGCUCUAAACCAAGGUAUUUAUUUAUAUGUUUGCAUUAUAUUACAUAAAAAAAUUAAUAAGUAUUUGUUACCCUACGCCAACCUCUGAAUGACGAUUCCAUUAUUUUUAGGCGAAUGGCGAUGCCAUUUCUAUCGUCACCACCAUGUAGUUUGUAAGCUCACAAGAUCAGGGUCCUCAAUCCUUCUCUGCCACUUUGUAGCUCUGUGUUAGCUGCAUUAAUAGUAUUGGUAGCCUUAGUAAUAAGUGAUAAUACUCUGUCCCCCAUCAUACAGUACGUCUGAUCCAUACUUUAUGGCGAGAUGUAAGUCAUCCUUUUAUCACUGUGUUAAUAAAUGUUUUAGUUUUAAUCCGUGCAGUUAGUGAGGCUCGCAGAGUGCAGUCUAGCUCAAUGUGUACGAUUUGCUGUGUUACUGCAGUGCAGCCCAGUGAAUCUAACGCCACAGAGUCUGCAGGAAUCAGCCACAUGCUCAAAUCAGUCUGCACCUAUUUACAGUAAUAACUUCAAGUAUGUGGAUAGAGCGCAGUAA